AUGCUGUCGGACAAGCUCCUGGGCAGGGGGAGGAGGGCCAGCGCGAGCUACCAGCCGCGCGCGAGGAUGUUCGCGACAAACACCGAACCGAGGAUGGUCGCGCAGGACACGACCCUCUCGGGCUGGGCGCAGGUGAGCUCCUCGGUGGUGCAGCACGUCUCGUCGCAGCGCAUGGGGGGAGUGCCUAACAGCUCUGGCAACGUCAGCCUUGGCGGCAUGAGCUGUACGUCAGAAGGCAGCGCCUUCGCUCUCGGCGGCGGCUCCGCCAGCCAGGGCCAGGGCGCCGGCGGCUACGUGCCCGGGGACUGCCGGUUCAUGGUGCCCGUGGACAUGCUGGUGGAGGCUGCCGAGGAGGGCUCCUUCAGCAUCGCGGACACGUCCAGCGGGCUGCUGCUUCGGGUGGGCAUCGAGAACCAGGCCAGCACCCGAUGCCUGCGGGUCUUCGUCGGCAGGGACUCGCCGAACCCGUGCACCACCGUGAGACCCCUGCCAGACGGCAGCAGCAACAGAAUGGAGAUCCGCGGCGCCAACGGGCUGCACUUUGGCACGCUUGCGCUGCAGCCGAACGGCUCCUUCCUUGUGACCACGGCCGAGCAGCAGCCGCUGCUCACCAUCGAGGGUAACGAGGCGAACCUGGACCUGCGCAUCUCCGCUCGCGACGGGAGGCUCGUGGCCUCGGUGUCCUGCUGCGAGUCGCCCGAGCCCUCCAGGGGA